AAUCCCAAAGAAUUUAAGUGAUGUAAACUUCAGAGGGAUAACUUUUUCUUCACCGUUAAACGCAGCCACAAGCUUCUUGCAACCAUUUUUACGCAUUCUGAAGAAAAAUUAGGAGCAUGUUAGGAAUUCUCUGUAAGCAGGAUUAUAGCCAUCCUUGGUAGGAUCUUGGAAGCUGCCUUGAUUUAAGGCCAGUAAUAAAAAAAAAAAAACAGUGUGAAUCAACCUCCAACUAGAUAAAAACAUUCAGGUUGGCUUUGUCCGGAAAAGUAAUUUCAACUGCCCGUUCGUUGAGGCAGACUUGUAAUUUAGGGGAGAAUGAGGCGGUUCCGCACGCAGGGUAAGCCUUGGCCUGCGGCUGGGCCACGCCGGUGGAACGUCGCCUUCCGGUCUUUGUGUCUUCGCGCACGCGCUAUGGCGCCAACUCCGCCUCCUGGAGGCGCCGGGCCCCUUGCAAGGCGGGGCCCGGGGCGGUCUUGUGGGUGUGACGUCACUGCGCUCGAUACUCAGUGUUGCCGGGCGGCGAUGGCGGCUCCCCUGGAGUCCUCCGGGGAGGAGCAACUGCGGAACUUUGUGCGAGUUUUGGAGAAGCGAGAUGGCACGGUGUUACGACUACAGCAGUACGGCUCCGGCGGCGUGGGUUGCGUUGUUUGGGACGCUGCCAUCGUCCUUUCUAAAUACCUGGAAACGCCCGGGUUUUCUGGCGAUGGGGCCCACGCGCUGAGCCGGCGGUCGGUGCUGGAGCUGGGCUCUGGCACCGGGGCCGUGGGGCUCAUGGCUGCUACCCUCGGGGCAGAUGUCAUAGUCACCGACCUAGAGGAAUUGCAAGACUUGCUGAAGAUGAAUAUUAAUAUGAACAAGCAUCUUGUCACUGGUUCUGUUCAAGCCAAGGUACUGAAAUGGGGGGAAGAAAUAGAAGACUUUCCUUCUCCUCCAGACUACAUCCUGAUGGCCGACUGCAUAUACUAUGAAGAGUCUUUGGAGCCACUGUUGAAAACCCUAAAAGAUCUCAGUGGAUCUGAGACUUGUAUUAUAUGUUGUUAUGAACAACGAACAAUGGGAAAAAAUCCAGAAAUCGAGAAAAAAUAUUUUGAGCUUCUUCAACUAGACUUUGACUUUGAAAAAAUUCCUUUGGAAAAACAUGAUGAAGAAUAUCGGAGUGAAGAUAUUCACAUUUUAUACAUCAGAAAGAAAAAAUCGAAAUUUCCGUCGUGAAAUCUAGUCAUCUUACCCAAGCCUCUAACAACGUGGGUAAGCUAACAUUGUGAAUGGAGCAUGUGAAUACAGCAUGGGAAGAUUGUGUUCACAGAUUUUUCCAGCAUGUCCUUAGGGAUCCGAUAUAUAGACAACCACCACGGGCUGCCUGCAUUACGAAAAAUGAUUGACUGACUGCCUACCUGCCAAUGGGCCUGAAAUCCAACUUAGUUUACUUUUAGCUCGGCAUCAAGUUCUGCUUAAAAGAAACAUGUUUCAGUCACUCCUCAAAUAAAAAUAGGUACUGAGGUUAGCCUAAAGUCUGCCAAAAAUAGUGAAAGUAGCAUGGCUGACUUGGCGUAUUUUCAGGAAAGUAGAGAUAAGUUGAUCCGGUUUCUAAAGAGAGGUAUCAAUUACUAUUUAAUAAUGUUUAAAUUCAAAUCAGUAAAUUUUAGCUUGUCUUCAAGAUAAAUUUAAAAGAAGGUUUUUAUUUUAACGUAUUUAUGCAGUGGUUUUUAUCGUUAAGUAUCUUCCACUUCAUUUCUUUUAAGAUAACUUUAAUACUUGUGUUCUUUUACUUUAAAAAAAAAAAAUGAAAAUACUGUUUUGUGGCCAAGUUCUGUGCUUUUUCUUCACCACACUGACUACAGUAUAAUUUACUAUGGGAGUUAGAUAGUAGAUUAUACCAUAGUCAGUUGAUAAAGAUGAAAGUAAGAUAUUGGGAGAUUGGGAGGGAGGAAAAGGUAUCUUUACAAAAUUGUUUAUUUGAGAAUGGAGUGAAAAUAAAAAGUCCGGCUUCAGGCUCUUGCAUUGAUGUGGCUCCUGCACUUUUCCUCACGUAUAGCUUCCAGGAAAAUGCGGCUAAAGUCACUGGUGUUAACUUGUUUAUAUGAAACAGAGAAAAGUAUUUAAAUGACUACAAAUGUAGUUCUGUAUACAUUUAUCAAAUGAUUUUGAUUCUGUGUGGUCUCUGUUUUACGUUCUCAUGAGAAUCAUCUGUUCACAGACUGAUCUAUCAGGACUUCAGUCGCAUGGUUCCAAAGUGUAAUGGUAACCAGAUGGAAUUCUGGUACUUACAGGCAUUGGUGCUAGGUGGCACAAUGUAUAUGUUAAAAUAAACAUUGUUUUUGAGA